AUGACAUGGGAAGAGUUCAAGAAACUUUUUGAAGAAAAGUUCUAUAAUGUUGCUGUGAGGACUUCACAUCAGGAAGAUUUUAUGAAGUUGACUCAGGGAAAGAUGUCUGUGGCCGAGUAUACCCUGGAGUUCGAUCGGUUGUCAAAAUUUGCUGGUGAUCUGGUUCCUACAGAUUUCACCAGAAAACAGAAAAAUUUUCCCCAGGCUAAGAAAGAGGAGCCUAAGAAGAAUACUGCUCAGAACCCGGGGCGACUUUUCACUAUGACUCAAGCUGACGGUGAUGCUAGUCCGUCAGUUGUGACAGGUCAGUUGUCUACUAAUGGUUGUUCAUAUACUGUGUUAUUUGAUUCGGGAGCUACUCAUUCUUAUGUAUCGAGUAGAGUUAUAGAAAGUUUUCAUAGGCCAUGUGAUAUUUAUGCUUCGGGGUUUGGAACCCUGUUACCUUUGGGAGACCUGAUAGUAUCCACUAGGUGGAUUCGAUCAUUGUCUUUUUGGAUUGACGGUUGUGAGUUGACCGCCAAUUUAAUUGAGUUACAACUAUCUGAUUUUGACAUAAUCCUCGGAAUGGAUUUUCUAUCUAAAUAUGGAGCGAUAAUUGACUGCAAGCGGAAGAUGGUGAUGUUUGAGCCCGAUAGUGCUAACCCAGCAGUGUUCGUGGGUAAGAUUCAGGGGGCACGCAUACUGAGAAUAACAUUGUUGAAAGCUAAGGACCUGAUGGGUAGAGGUUGUCUGGGGUUCGUAGUCACUAUAGUGGACACCAGCCAACCUGUGACAUCAGGACCUGAGAAUACGAGAUUGGUAUGCGAGUUCCUUGAUGUCUUUCCAAAAGACUUGCUGGGAUUACCACCUACCCGGGAAAUUGAGUUCGUUAUUGAAUUGGUUACAAGAGUGGAUCCAGUAUCUAAGGCACCGUACCGAAUGGCUCCAGCUGAUGCUAAGCGAAAAGAGUUCACUGAGUUGGUGCAAAACGAGGGGAUGUCAGUUACUGAGUAUACUACAAAGUUUGACCGUCUGGCCAAGCUUGUCGUGGGUAUCGUGCCAACUGACUUCAGCAAGAAAGAAAAGUACUUGGCCGGUUUAAAUGUGAAGAUCAGGCAUUAUCUGGUGAUCACCACCAAUGAAGCAACUUUCACUGGAUCUAGACUGGCAUGA